UUGGCUUCAAAGAGAGAAGAUGCAGUAUUUGAAAAUCAGUAAACUGUUGUUUAUCACACUUGUAUUCGUUAAUCAAAUCUAUCAUUGUUCAUUCACUGAAUGUGGCAAAAAUGAAGUGCUUCGAGACGGUUGCUUUGAAAGUUCAUGUUAUCAGUUUCUCUACGAUGGCGACAAUUGCCCCACUAAACACCAAAUUGAAUGUCAUUGCGAUAUUGGAUAUGUACGCGUUGGAGGAGAAUGUCUGACAAAAGAUAAAUGUCUUCCGAGUGGAAGUAUGAAAAUUAUGUCGAAGAAGGAGGCCAUUAUCCGGAAAGUACGAAACGAAAAGCAGGCUUAAGCUGCUUAAUAAAAUGCACAAGUGUAGUUAUUAAAUAUAAGAUAUUUCAAGUCUUAUAUUUUAACUAAUAUUGAAAUGGGAAACUUCUUAACUGUAAAAUCAAGAUUAAUAUUAAAAGAUUUGUGUAU